AUGACUCCAAAGCGGAAAACUGAAAAAGAAUUACAGAACUUUAAAUUUACAACACCAAGAUCUAGAAAGGCAGUUAAAAGACGUUUACUUUUGGCUAAUUGUUUGGAACACGAACUAUCUGAGGCUAAGAAGCAUAACACAAAGAAACAUGUAAGAAGCCUGGUCAACAUUGUUUCUGGAAAGGUUGUCAAGAAGUACAGAGGAGUCCGCUACAUUGCAUCUAGAACUGGAAUAAACAGGAGAACAUUACUCACGGCAUCAUCUAAAAAUAUCAUGCAUGUGCGAGAGAUAAAGUGGAAGACUAGACUGGCUCUUCAGCAAGAUGUAGUUGCGUUCUAUGAGAGAGAUGACAACUGUCGUUGUAUGCCCGGGAAAAAUGACUUGGUCGGAAAAUCACAGCUUCAAAAAAGAGUCUUAAAUGAUUAUCUGGCCAAUCUAUUCCUAAAGUUUGGGGCUGAGUUCCUGAAUGUGAAGCUGUCGCUGUCGUCAUUUUGCAAACUGAGACCUGCUCACGUUUUGCCAGUGUCAUUUACAGCAAGGAACACCUGUCUUUGCAGUAAACAUCAGAAUAUGGCCUUAAAGUUGAAAUCUCUCAAGAGCUUUAAUGUUGUUUCCACAUCAAGCCCAGAUGCUUUCAUAAAGGCUCAUACUCAGUCAGAGAUUGAGAGGCAGCUGUCCCAGAUUCAACUUGAUAAGGUCACCUAUAAGACCUGGAAGAAGGUGACAGACAGCAGGGGCAAGUCGAAGAUGAAGCUUGUGGAUGAAGAAGUGGCCAAAGAUGAUUUUAUCAGCAACUUUUUGAGUCAGUGUACACAGUUCCGUGAACAUGUGGCUCGUGUCCAAACACAAUACGCUCAGCUCAGGUUCUUGAAGGGCAAUUUGCCGGACUCUCAUGUCAUCAUCCAAAUGGAUUUCGCCGAGAAUUAUCUCUGUCAAUGUCUUGACGAGAUCCAGUCUGCUUACUGGAAUGCCACUAUGGUAACACUUCAUCCAGCUGUUGUAUACUUCAAGAACAAUGGAGUCCUCUAUUUUGGCACCGUAUACACCAUUCUGCAGUCAUUGCUUCCAGAAGUUAAAGAACUGGUUCCAUAUCUGUCGUAUGUUCAUUACUGGACGGACUCGCCAUCAAGCCAAUAUAGAAACAAGACAGCUUUCAACUAUGUCCUACAGCAUCCUGAGGUGUUUGGUGUUCGGGCUUCGUGGCAUUAUAUUGAAUGUGGUCACGGUAAAGGGCCCUGCGACGGCCUUGGAGGUACCGCAAAAAGAAUGGCCGAUUCAGCCGUGAAACAAGGGAAGUUCAACAUACAGAGUGCCCACGACUUCUAUGUAUGGGCAACUGGGCAACCAAGUUCUGUCGUGUACAUCUUCAGCAGCAAAGAAGACUGCGAUUCCAAUCAAAAGAGACUUGAACAGUGGGGUGUGAAGCCAGUUAAAGGAACUAUGACAAUUCACGCAGUUUAUGAAGCAGAGGGUUGUCUCAUGGUAAAGGAAACAUCCUGUUUCUGUGAUGGAUGUUUUGCCUCUGAUGGGUUCUUGUCUGUCCCGUCAUGUCCAUGGCAGAGAAAGGUUCUUGUGACAAACCCGGCUCCAGAUGACAAUGAGGAGAACGCUCCACAGCCAGAGAAUGUUCAGGUUGAUGAAGAAGUUCUGCCUACCCAGUCAGAAGCAAACGUUGUCCAAGAUCCAACCUGUGAGAUAUCAAUCAAUGUUGAUGCUGCCAUUGUUGCUGCCAUUUAUGAAUUUGACAACAAAGUAUAUUUUGGCAAAGUUCUGGAUAUUGACGAACAGAGGACUGUCAAAUCUGUUUUAUUGAGGCCUCUGGAAAAACCUGUAACUACAAAUGGCCACGAAGUUCGGACAGUGAAACCAUUUGGGUGA